GCUACCACCAAUUGCCAUUCCAACCAACACGUACGCGAAUCAGGCGUGGAUUGGUGUCAGAAGUACAUUCUCAAAAUUAGAAUUCCCUUCUUCUACGCUCAAUCAGAACAACAACCAUGGCCAAAGUCAAGGCUGACCGGCCUACAAAGCCUGUAGACCCUGAAACGGCCAAAGCUAGCGCUAGACAGCGCAAGUCCAAGGCUCGCAAGGAAAUCCGUGAAAAGAACAAAAAGUUCAAGGCCGAAAACGACAAGACUGCAAAGAAGACCACGGUCGACCCUACUACGCGUCUCGCCGACUUUAAGAGGAAACAUGCUCGUCUUUCGAAGCGAAUUACCCGGCACAAGACACUUAUUGAAAAGUUAAAAACCGAUCUAAGACGGUUUGAAGCGGCUGAGAAGUCAAGCGCUGGUAAAAUUGCUAAACUUGAAAAAGAAGUCGGUACCGACAAGAAGCAAGACGAACCCAAAAAGGACAAAAAGACUGUAGAGAAAAAGAAGAAAGUCGAAAGCGAGAGCGAGGACGAAGAUGAUGAUGAUGAUGACGACGACAAGGACACUUCCAGCGAAGAGGAGGACGGCUCCGACUCGGGCUCCGACUCCGACUCCGACUCCUCAGACGAGUCUGAUAAGGACAAGAGCCGCAAGAGAAAACGAGACGAUGAGCCCACACCUUCCAAAAAGGCCAAGAAGGAAAAGUCUAAGAAAGAGAAGGACUCCAAGAAGGAGUCCAAGAAGGACGACGAAGCCCCAGCGACAGACGUCAAGCUUGGAAACUGGAACAUCUCCGAGCUUGAAGGCGGCAGCGCUCGUCAAAGCAAAUUCAUGCGUCUGCUCGGCGGCGGCAAGAAGGCUGCUGACGAGAUCGCCAAGUCUGGUGCCAAGUCCAGCAAGAGGGACUCUCUCAACGUCGAAGAAGCCAUUGAGAGGCAAUUCCAGGAAGGGAUGGCGCGCAAGUCUGACGGCGGCGGCAAGCGUCGUGGUCUCGGUGCCUGAGCUGCUCUGCAUACUCGUUCCCCUUGUAAGGGGCCAUUUUGCACAUGUACAUAGUCGUUUUCUGGCAUUGGCGUCGAGUUUAGAUAAAAGAGAUACACUUUGACAAAAAUUUAAAUGAAGGAUUUUUAUUCUAAGUUGAACAGUUUGUGCGCCUGUAGAACCAAAGCUAGUAAGAAACGAAAACUAAAACGCCGUUUAGCAACCUAGGCCAGCCUUCUCUCUGCCUCUCUCUCUCUCUCCGUCUUCAUUUGGUAUCGAUUUUCAUCCCGUAUAUUUUUUUUAAAAUCUUUUAUACAAUUCGCAUUGUAGCUUAGUGGAACCAGCUAGCGAGGACUUCGAAGAAGAGGCCACCAAAGACGACAAAGGCAAGAAUAACUGUGUGCGGUUAGCAUCUGGCAGACUACAGGUUUUUGUCCGGGUAUAGAAAACAUACUCAACCAGAAGGGAGACACAGGGGACUUUAGAACAACCUUCUUCUCCUUCUUCUUAAUAGCACUCUCGGGCUUGCCCAUACGAGCUUCCUGCUCGCGGGCAAACUUGGCGUUGCGACGUCGUUGUUCAAGUGUUUGCGCCUUCACCACCAGUCAGCGUUCUAGAUCUCGCAGGCGUUUAACAGACCAGGGGCGGGGAUCACGUCAAUGCGACGGCAUCCCCAGCCACCUGGCGAUUGACAUACCAUUGUGUGUUCUUGUAAUAUGUAACUGUGUGGUGGUGGAUUGGGUCGUGGAGGAGGGGGAGGACCAGGAAGGACAGUGCCGGCUUUAUGCGCAACGGUAGGCAAGUGCGUAUGCGAAUAGAUAUGGUUCUUUGGAUUUCCAAAUGUUGCGAUUGUCGAUUCUCAGGCAGCCGUGCGGGCGAUUUGCGGUUUCGGUUUUGGGUGGAUGAGCGGUCGCGUGUCCUGUUAGAUUGCAGUUCGAACGGGUUUUGGGACUGGACAUGUGUC